UAAUUAAUUAGCGCGAGACGCAUUAGGAAACGUCAUCGUCUCACAAUUUCCGUUUUCAAUAACUAAUAAAGAGCGGCGGACUGUGUGUCUUUUGCUGAAUGGAAAAACUGUCGUGCGCUAGUCAGUGCCAGUGGAAUGGGCUAGGGUUGACCGUCUGUGGACAGACAAGCCACAGAUGCUGCAGUAUUAUAGCCACAGACUAGUAGAAAGAGAGCUCAAGUAUUGGUUUUGCCGGCACUGGCCCUGCCGUCGCUGUUGUGGCCAAUGUGCAGAGGUGGUUCCUAGCUGCAGCUGGCUGCCGUUUGGAUGUCUGGACGCAGUGAGGCGAGAUUAUUGAUACACGACAGCAGACAGGCCCAGAGACUGGGAGAAACAGCAGUCGCGAGGCGCUUGGAGCGACUUUUCGCAGUGGAGGUGGCCCUGGCGCCAGUGAUUGUGCCCUCUGGCUCACAGCAGGAGCACGAGGGAGACAGGGACGCCGGUUGUUGGGUGAACCUCAGAGGAGCUUCCAGCGAGACGACGGGAAAGGCGAAGGACUACAUACUCUCUUUGUGUGUGCCAGCAGUUGUCAAGGAGUGUCCCACGGACCAGCAGUCGGUGCAGCAGCUGCUCUCAGAGACCAGUAGACUGAGGGACGACCUCGAAACAGAGUUCUGUACCGCCAUCCUCCCUGGUCCUUCCCCCAGCUGCAUCUCCAUUCAAGGCACCACCGAACUUUCAGUCGUGGGAACUGUGCAAAAGAAUAGAAUCAGUCAUGGCUCCCCCGGAUCUGCCCCAGCCCCAACCCCAACCCUCCUCUUCCUCCUCCCUUCUCGUCGUCACUCCUGACCAAUCUAGACCCACCCCUACGAGCACCGCGGGGACCUUCUCCCCCUCCCCUCCUCCCCCCUCCACUGAGGCUGACCUGAGAGAAAGGGUCACUCCUCACCAGUUUCCCAACAUUCCCACCCCUACCGUCGCACCCCCUUCAACGAGACACCUGCAACUACCAGGGACCGAGAGGGAGAAGAUUGUUCAGCGAAUCGCAUACGAGAUUGAGCAGCAGAAGGACGGCGACGUGGUGUCUCGCGGAGUCGACAGCUCGCACCGUGAACAAACCAUCCAUUACUUCCUUCGCCUCAAUUUCCCCCGGGAGAGAAUCGAGACGGUGGUCGACUCGAUGGGCCCCUGGGCCGACACGGACGACAUUCUAAAGAGGCUGAAUUCGCUCCACGUUACGUUGCCCCGACCGGUGGCAAUUCUGAGUUCGUCAAGAAACUACACCACUGACGGAGAGCCUGUGUUGAAUUCCAACAUUGCCCUACGGCCGGUUGUCAUCGAUGGAAGUAACGUUGCAAUGAGACACGGCAAUGGUAGAGUGUUCUCAUGCAGGGGAAUCCAAAUCGCAGUGGACUGGUUUCGUCAGCAAGGACACAAGGAGAUAACAGUGUUUGUGCCCCAGUGGAGGAGAGAGACUCCGCGUGCCGAGUACCCCAUCACAGAUCAGGAGAUUCUCAACCAACUCGAGAGAGAGGGGAUCUUGAAGUUUACUCCGUCAAGACGAAUCGGGAACAAGAAGAUUGUGUGUUACGACGAUCGGUUCAUCGUGAGACUAGCCACCGAGACAAACGGAGUGAUAGUUUCAAACGACAACUUUAGAGAUCUCGCCGAGGAGAACGAGAAAUGGAGAAAGACCAUUGAGAACCGCCUGGUCAUGUUCACAUUCGCACACGACAUAUUCAUGGUCCCCGAGGACCCUCUGGGGAAGUACGGGCCGAGACUCUCGCAGUUACUCCAAAUAGAGCCUGCCAAGUCCUCGUCAAAGAGUGGAGCCCAGCAGGACCAGACCGGACCAGCAGUGUGUCCGUACGGCGAGCGGUGUACGUUUGGUCGGCGGUGUCGUUUCGCUCACCCGGAGCGAGAAGGUCGACUAGACCCCACCUCCCUCCUCACCUCUCGUAGCCCCACCACCUCUCCGGCUCCCAGUGAGAAGAGGCACACAGAUGCUCUCGGAGACAUCCAGAAGGACGGCACCAGCAGCCACUCGUCCUCUGAGAGAGGUUCUCCCUGUGGCCCGUCGGGACAACCAACUACCAGUCCACAGAGACCGUGGACGAGCCCGGCACACAACGAAAUCAACUAUGCCCAGCAACUGUCGGCCCAACUGGUGCCACAUGGGUACUCCCAGCCUCAACCGUCCUCUGGUUACCCCUCCCAGCCCCUGUCGUCAGAGAACCAUCACUAUUCCCAGCCUCAGCCGUCCUCUGGUUACCCCUCCCAGCCCCUGUCGUCAGAGAACCAUCACUAUUCCCAGCCUCAGCCGUCCUCUGGUUACCCCUCCCAGCCCCUGUCGUCAGAGAACCAUCACUAUUCCCACUCGCAACCUCACCUCGUUCAACCGCCGCCAACACCUCAAUAUCUGAGUAUUCCAGCUGGUCACGGAGGAUCUCUCUCCCCUCCUCCUCCUCCCCACUCAUCGGGCCUCCAGUCGUCUCCGCUACACUCCAAUCCUUCCACUCCCUUGGCCGGCGGCGUCUCUCCCUAUCCCUCUCGAACCUUCCCCAUAGCAAACCUCUCUCUCAUUCAUUCGCGUAACGUCACCGAUCGAAUUCAGAGGAGCCCCAUCGCAAACGGCGUUGAUGAUUUAGUUCCAACUGCGCCCAGUGUGCGACCGAUCGUCCCUCCAAAUCACGGGGUCAUGGAUUCACAACCUGGACUCGUCCCUCGCGGGGGACAAUCGGCUCAAUUCCAGGGGCCUCCCCACAAUCCAUCGUACAACUGGUCCUCGGCAAACGGAGCGUACCACCAUCACCCUGCAGCUUAUCACAUCCCUCAUGCACAGAACUCUUACCAUCCUCCGAGUCAUCACUACGUUUCCUCGGCAGGCGAUCAGCUCCACCACCAGCGCAUGGCUCACCACUCCCGAGCAAGGAAUCCCCACACCGGUGACUACUCCACGGUACCCCACGGGGGUUGCCUACCACAACCGACCAACUCCUACCAAAAUCUCCCGUCUUCAGCGGUAGAGAAUGGAGCGUACCUACAAGAGCACGCAGCGAUGCUCCACCAGCACGGAGACUACAGAUACCCCCACCACAGGGCUGUGGAACCGCGUGCAGCCAGCAUGUACGGAGACAUGGGUCUGAGACUUCACCACGAGAAGGUGGCACUGGCAGACAAAUUCCAGACCAGCCAGAGCUCCCCUGAUCUCUACUGCGACAAUCGGUCUCUGCGAACGCAGGCGAAACCGUCUGUGAGUGGUGGGAUUAACUGGACCCUCUUUAGACAGGUUCAGAGCCGUCUCCCGAACCAGGAGGAGCAGAUUAUGAGCACCAUGCUUCAACACCCGCAGGCCGACCUGGAUCAACUAGUGGAACUUAUCCAACGCUCCUGGUGACAUUCAACUCGGUGAAAACUCACCCCUAUUCUCCCACUAGCUCUGCUCUCCCGGUAAUCACGUAGCCAAUUCUGUGUUCUUGUUUUGUCUCGCGUUGUGUCUGUUGUGAUUGUCUAUUAUGCCGCAACCAUUCUCCACUGAUUUACUGCAUUAGAUAUUGUAUUGUGAAAUCCAACACCCCCACUUGUGUAGAAUACACACUAUACACUGUGUCCCCACAGUCGCUGUUUCUUGUAAUAAUACAAGACUUUCUGGUUGUUUCUUGUCUGCAACCUCAUUUUGUUUGGGAUUGUUUCAAAUCCCGUUUUUGUUCUUUAAUAUUGUUGUAUCAUUGAUACUCCCCAGCUAUAUGUUUUUCGACUGCACUGAUCUAUCAUAAUUAUUAUGCCUUGCAUACAUGUGGCUAAAAUUCUGUCAUAUCUUAUUUUGCGAAAGAAAUAUUGAACAUUAAUUACGUCAUCGUUUGCCAGCGCGUUUUUAGCGGGGAAGAAAUGGGUCUUCUGUUCCAAUCUUUAAAAACUGUUGGUCUCGUUGCCUUCUACUAUAGCUUCUCUAUCACCUUAACUUUCUACAACAAAUGGAUACUCACGGGCUAUCCAUUCCCGCUGUCCAUCACCAUGAUUCACCUCAUCGUAAAGUUCAUCAUAGCCUGGAUAGUGAGGAAGCUGGUGUCCCUGGUGACGGGGAAACCCCCACUCGUUCUGGGGUGGAAGGAAUACCUGAAGAACAUUUUGCCAGUUGCUAUAUUCAGUGCACUGGACAUCGGUCUCUCAAACUGGAGUCUUGUGUUCAUCACAAUCUCUCUUAUAUUAUACUAAUAUCAGGUUUCCAGUAGUAUCUAAUCUAUUUUUAUCCUCUUGGGUGCCUGUACAUCUCUCUCUCCUCUUCACUUUCUCUUCUUUCUCUGCUAGGACAAUCAACCGUGUAACCCACUUUGGUGUAAUAGUCCAUGCCUCGAUUGCAUUAGUGUGCAUUACACUCUGUACUCUCGUAUGUCCUCAUGUUAAUAGUCUCCUCUUGUUGGUUGCCACGAGACCAUUUUGAACAUUCCAUCACUGAUGGCUCCGUUUUCAUUCACUAGCAAUUCCCCGAGUCCUCAUCCCCCUAUCCGGUGUGUUGCUAUAGUCACCAGCGUGCAUCCUGCUUCCACCAUGCCAUUGGCUCUGUGUCCACCUAGCCUUUGUCUCCUGGUGUAUAUACUUGAGAGGAGAAGUUGGACACAGUGCCUGUGGGUGAAUGCCAUAGUAGGCCGGUUUAGUAUCGUAGCACUAAGCUCUAUGCAGACAACUAUGUCUACUAUAGAGACUCUGCAUGUCUCUAUCAUUGUGUUGUCAGUCUUUCAGGCAAUAUAUACGCCCACUGUUCACACGAGAUUUCAACGAGCGUGGCCUGCAGUGGGCUAUAGUAACUAACACACAGCUACAUAAUUUAUUAGACCGUGUAGGACUAUGUAAACUGUACCUCGUAAUAGAGUCGUUUGUCACGAGGCAAAGGGCCAUCUAUUCUACGUAAUUCCCUGCAUGCCUGUUUACUGCCCUUACUACUUUUAAAGAAAACCAAUAUUCACAGCAGUGUUGCUCACAUAUGACCCGGCACCCCAUUUAGGCUGCAUUAGUGGAGUGAGUAAUGGAGCAUUAGGUUAGAUUUUCUCUUUUCUUUUUCCUGUGGUGG